AGAAAUGGACGAGUUCCGAGAUCGCAUUAGUAAUACGCUCCGCAUCGAGGACAAUAAACUCAUACGAGAGUUGCUAGCCGAGGCAAUUGGCACAUUCUUUUUGCUUCUCAUUGGUACCGCAGCAAAUAUUCAAGCUGCAGCAGCUGUUGGUGGAAAUAUGACAUCUUGCCAUAUUGCAUGGGGUAUCGGCUUCAUGUUUGCUGUCUAUUUAGCUGCUAGUGUAUCAGGCGCUCAUCUCAAUCCAGCCAUAUCGUUGGCUCAAUGGGUACUCGGCAAUAUACCGGCUUGGAAGGUGGUCCUUUAUACCAUUGCUCAAAUUAUCGGUGCAUAUCUAGGCACUGCUGUCAGCUACUUUGGACAUCAUGACGAUCUCUGGAAACUUGACGGGGGUAUACGGCAGGUUACGGGUGCACAAGCCACUGCCGGCCUGUUCACAACGUUUCCAACACCUCAAAUGAGCGUAUGGGGUAGCCUUCUAGACCAGAUAAUUGGUACUGCGAUCUUAUCGGGUCUUAUAUGCCUAAUCACAGAUAAGAGACACCGAAUCCCAGCUGGACUUGUUCCGCCCUUGGCUGGUGCGAUCAUGUCAAUGGUCGCCAUGACAUUCGGUGCCAACGGUGGUUUUGCCAUCAAUCCAGCUCGAGAUCUUGGCCCAAGACUUUUCACUCUUUGUGCCGGCUACGGUUGGGAGGUGUUCAGCGCUAAUGGAUUCUACUUCUGGAUUCCAAUUGUUGGCCCAUUAAUCGGCGCUCUGAUCGGAGCUUGGCUGUAUAAACUUUUCGUUGGACUUCAUGGGCUUAACGAAGAUCUAGAACUUACCCAUAAGGGCUACAAUGCUGCCAAACCUCCGAAGUACGACAUCAAAAUCCUCUUCAAGAAAACGUGAUUGAAUCACCCUAACAAUGAGAUUUCAUGCCACGCUCCCCUGGCAUCCUGAUCGGCUACGAUAACACGUUAUCAAGAACAGCGAAUCAGCUUGGCGUUCCACGACCGCCCAUCGACACUCGUUACUAACCCUCUAAUUCUAUGAGUACAUACUUCACACUUAAAAUGAAUAGUAUUGGCAACUAAUGAUUUGUUCAAAUAUGGAUCGAUUUUUCGUUUGUUACUACUUUUUGUUUUAUUGCAGACUGUGAUAUUUAUAGCAUUGGUGAAUUGUACAGUUUUCAAACCAGAAAACGAACCUCCUUGUUACUAACUCUAGAAAUAAGGUGCAGUGUCUUAACAUCGUGUGUAUUUAGUUUUCAUAAUGAUCUUACAUUGCUCAACUGUACAACUAACAUCAUUUGAAAAUAAAUGUCU